AUGGAUCAAAAUGACCAUGAAGAGGAAGAGGACACAAGAGUGCAUGAAGACGAUGAUUUUGAUGUGGACGUAUCUUUAAUGGUGGUAAUGAUGACGGUAGGAGCUCAGAUUCAUAACACACGACAGCAACUCACGGGUGGUGAUUAUAUAGAACGUCCCAUUCGUCGACCAGUCACACAGCUCGGAGAAGAAUAUAUACAAAAGAAUUGCGUUGGAGCGAUAGAUGGUACACAUAUACCAGCAACAGUAGUUGGGCGUGAGGUGGCAAGCUAUCGCAAUCGAAAAGGAACAAUAUCUCAGAACGUUUUGGCUGUAUGUAACUUUGAUCUGGAGUUUAUUUACAUUCUGAGUGGAUGGGAGGGUUCGGCCCACGAUUCAAGAGUGUUAAGUGAUGCGUUAAGAAAAUUUUAUCUAGUUGAUUGUGGAUUUGCGAAUCGUCUCAGCUUUUUAGCUCCAUUCCGAGGUGUUAAGUAUCAUCUACAGGAAUUUGCUGGUCAAGGUCGUGAUCCUGAAACUCCAUAUGAGUUAUUUAAUCUUCGCCAUGCUUCUCUGAGAAACGUGAUCGAAAGGAUAUUUGGAAUCUUUAAAUCUCGUUUUGCUAUUUUUAAAUCAGCAUCUCCUUUUUCUUACAAGAAACAAGCUGGAUUAGUCUUAGCAUGUGCAGGGCUGCAUAACUUUCUUCGUAGAGAAUGUCGAUCGGACGAAGGUGUGUUCCCUAAUGAAAAUAAUGCAGUUAACAAUGGAAAUAAUUCUGUCAAUAUAGAUGAAAGUGAUAGAGAAGAAUCUCUCGAGACGCAAGAGCAAGACAGAGAAAAUGCAAAUAAUUGGAGACAAUCUAUGGCCGAAGACAUGUGGAAAGAUGCUACGAUUUAAAAGUUCAUUGAUAGAUAGAUUUUAG